AUGACAACAUUAGAUGUUAUUCGAAAUUAUACUCAACAAAACAGUUCACAAUAUGCCCUUCCAAAAAGUAGUUGCUCAGUGUUUGAUUACGAGGAAAAUUGGACUGUAGAAGUUCGAACACGAGACGAAAGUCCUUUGAUAAAAGCAUAUUUUAUUAAAAUGGGUUUAAAUCUUGUUGGGAAGAAAGAAGAUAUUGUUACUGAGUUUCAUCUAAUGCCAAAUGUUGAUUUUCUUAUUACGAUGAUUUAUGACAUAAAGACAAAAACUAUAUUGAGAACACAGCUGCGUAGCUUUAUGGCUAAUGAUCUUGUCAUGCUCUGUAUGAACCCUUACACAAGUGAGCUUACUAAUGAAAAACUUCUUUUGAAAACGCCAGAUUCAUGGGUAGUGAAAGAUGUUCAAGCCGUUUAUGAUGAAUCAACUCGUCAAAUAUUACUCAUGAUUCAUCAUAAAGAAGUUCUUACAUUGGAAGAUAAAUAUUGGAUAAUGCUCGUUGAAUUUCAUACUAUGCAAAUAAAAGAUAAGAAACAAGAUACUCCGAUACAAGAAUUUGAAACGUGGAAAUUAUUCACUCUAUAA